UUUACUCGGUAAACAUCCGGGUGUUUCUGAUCACUGGGCUUUACGCAGUGUUUUGAAUAGAGAGCUGCUUCUCAGCUGAUUUCAAGCAGCAUGGCAGAGGAGGCAGACACCGGUGUAUCUGUACGGACGGAAAGAAAAGCUUUGGAAAAAGCCAAAAUACUCCAACGAGAGAGCGAGAGGAGAACUUUCAGACUGGUCGGACGGGUCCUGAAGAAACCGGAGGCUGAGCGGUCUGAGGAGGAGGCCGCUGUGUUACUGCUGCACAGAGAGACUGUGGAGGAGCUCUGCAGGAGACAAGUCCGCAGCACUGUGCUCAAGAGGAAGCAGGAGGAGGUGUUUGAUGAUGCCGAUCAGCUGAGAAGUAAAGUCAGACAGCUCGCUGAUGCAGUCAAACAUGCUAAACACCUGGUGGUUUACACUGGAGCCGGUAUCAGUACGGCAGCUUCCAUCCCAGACUACAGGGGUCCUAACGGGGUGUGGACACAGCUACAGAAGGGCCGGACAGUCAGCUCGUCUGACCUGAGUAAAGCUGAGCCGACCGUCACACACAUGUGCAUAAAGAUGCUUCAUAAGGAAACACUGGUGAAGCAUGUUGUUUCUCAGAACUGCGAUGGACUCCACUUGCGUAGCGGAUUGUCCAGACAAGUUCUGUCUGAGCUUCAUGGAAACAUGUUUAUCGAGGUGUGUACAUCCUGUUCUCCAGUCAGAGAGUAUGUGCGUUUAUUCGACGUGACAGAGCGGACAUCGCUGCACAGACACGGUACAGGUCGCAGGUGCAGCCACUGUGGAAGCGAACUCAGGGACACCAUAGUGCACUUUGGAGAACGUGGGACACUGGAGCAACCGCUCAACUGGAAGGGAGCUGCAGAGGCUGCCAACAUGGCCGACGUUAUUCUCUGCUUAGGCUCCAGUCUAAAGGUGCUGAAGAAAUAUGCCUGUCUGUGGAGCAUGAACAGACCAGCAAACAGAAGGCCAAAACUCUACAUUGUCAACCUCCAGUGGACUCCAAAAGAUGAUCUGGCUGUACUGAAAAUAAAUGGCAAAUGCGAUGAUGUCAUGAGGCUGCUAAUGGAGGAGCUGAGCAUUCAGAUUCCUGUGUAUGACCGGCUGGAGGACCCAAUCUUCAGUCUAGCCACUCCUUUGCUGCCAGAAGAGGAUGACAGCUGCACUCGUGAGGUCAUAGCGCCCCCUAAUGGGCAGGAGGAGAGCUUACCUGACUGCAGGAAGCAGGCAGAGGAGGCCACAGCUGUACAGGGCGGCUGGUUUGGACGAGGCUAUCGCAAAGGAAGGAAGAAGAAAAAAGCUUCAUAGUCUUAAAGACACAUUGGAUGACGUAUGCAAAGAGAUCAAUCCCAACAGAGGAUUACUAUUUCAGUCCUAUAAUGAGGAUGAAUUUGACUCCAGGGUGCUGAUAUGCCUCUGGUUCAUUUAGCCAAAUGCAAUGUGUGUGUGUGUUUGAGUUUUUACGGGUGUUUGUGUGUGUGUGUGUGUGAGAGAGAGAGCAAAGGAAAUAACUUUGAGUAUUUGUAAUUUGCAAAUGUCAUUUUGCAACAUCAACAUCGUAUACAACCUGCAGAUUGAAGUAUUAGCAAGGUCUGAAAGUGGCUUUAGUUUUAACACCUUAAAGGAAACAUAGCUGGAUGUUUUGAAGGUGGGUUGUGUGAUUACAAUUUUUUUUUUCUUGUCAAAGUCAACAAAUACCUCCUGACAGUCUGCUGGCUGUUCACUCUUGAGUGUUUGAUAAAAACAACAACGACAGUGUUUGUUCACAGUCCUGACUUCUACAUUUGAAAAGUGGUGCUCAGAGCAAAAACACAAGACGAGUGUUAUCACAAGUUGUGACAUGGUGCAUUACAAUAACUUAUUAGAUGUGCAACGUGCUGCUGGAUUUAACAUUAUGUAGGUGUUUGAAUUACUGAUGUCUAAGGAUACUGUAUAUAAGCUCAUUCAAGGUGGCAUCGGGUUUGAUUAUGACUAGAAAACAUGAGAAGAUCAGCGCGAUACUAAUGGCCAAAUUUCUGUUUUCUGAACUUCACAGCUCUAACUGAUGAGAGAUUUAAGAGGAUUUGACUGUUUUAACAGUUUCUACAUGUUUUUGUAGUAAUUUUUUUUCUUCAGAAAAUGUUGUUGAAUGUAGUUUAUUUACAUUGAUAUAUGUUUUGAAUGAAUUUGUUGACUUAAGUUAUAUAUAUUUUGAACAACAGUCUCCUUCCAUCGGCUGUCACCUCUCCUCAGGUUUUCAGGCUCUAAAGUACAGCGAGUACUGUAGCUUUGUUUACUGCAGUUGUUGAUUUCUCCUAUGUUUACAUUUAAUCUUAAUGCAGAGACUCUGCUGUUGUCAACUUUUUUUUAUCCACAACAGUGUAAGAAAGAAUGAUUUUUGAACAGUCCUCUGUUUCUCAUUAAAGUUACUGUUUACUUAAGUGAUUGCAAAAUGUGUCUCUCUUGAUAUAGCUCAGGGAGAUCCAGUGUGAAUAAAAACCUCAUCAUCUUCCAGAGUCAGAAUAGGCACCAGUGUUCAGUAUUCCUAAUAUCCAAACCAGAGGUCAAACUGGAUGUGGAGACACCUUUGUUUCAUUGUAUUUCACACACAAAUAAAUGUUAUAUUUGUGAGGCAAUAAAGUUUCUGAUUCUAA